AUGACCUCCACCUCAAUCUCCCUCUGGGAGAGGGUAGAUCUCAUGCAUGGUCAAUUGACCGUUCUAGGCACAGCUCUCUAUAACGCCAUCACAGGUAUCUUCCGAGGCCAAAGCGGUGCAUCAGGAUACGGGCUCCACAUCGGCAACGCAGCGUUGAGAAAACUAUGCAAUAGACUGAGCGCAGAACAGUUCCAAUACAUGAACGGCCCCACAAGGUCCGUCUACGAGACAGCCUUGCAGAAAAAAGGACUUCAACCCGAAACAGUCCCUCUCAAACACGGUGCACAAGGCCACUGGAUCGGAAACAAGAAUGCCAAAAAUGUGGUCAUCUAUUACCAUGGCGGCGGAUUCGCUGUGCCCGGUGCAGCAGGCCAUAUGACCUUCUACGGCAGCGUGAUCGAUACCCUCAACGCAGAAGGCCACGACAUAGCCCUCUUCCUGAUAACCUACAGCCUCACCCCGCACGCCGUCUACCCGACUCAACUCCGGCAGGCCGUGGAAGCCCUCCGCUAUAUCCUCACCGAGACAAACCGUGACCCGGCCAACGUGAUCGUCGGCGGCGACUCCGCAGGCGGAAACCUAGCCGUAGCCGUCCUCCUGCAUCUGUCACACCCGCAUCCCGAGAUUGAGCCUCUGUCCGACAUAGCGCCCUUAGCGGGGUUGUUUGCCUUCGCGCCGUGGGUGAGUUUCGUCCAUGAGGGCGCCUCCAUGCAGGAGAAUCAGUAUAAGGAUAUGAUUGGGCCGGAAAUUCUGAAUCGGUGGUCGCACAUGUAUUUGGCCGGGAAGGAGAGCGAUGCGUGGAGUGAGCCUAAUCGGGCACCGACUGAAUGGUGGAGGGAUGCGAAAGUGAAGGAAGUGUUGAUCUUGGCGGGGAGGGAUGAAAUCUUGUUCGACUCGAUUAAUGCCUUUGUGAAGAAGUUUCAGGGUCGAAUUUUCUGGGUUCGUGAGGACAGGGAUCUUGAUGCGAUGCUAACGGAUGGACUCGGUCUAGUCGGUUGUACCGAACACGAAGUAUCUUGUAGGGCAUGGGGAGACUCAUGUUGCACCGGUUUACGGCGCUGGUUUUAUUGGAAAGGAGACACAGCAGGGGAACGGAUUGAAGGAGUGGCUGCAGUCUCGUCUCUAGGGUCCUCGUUGAUCUGCAGGUCAGAAGCGGAAGGGAAACACUUGGAGCGCAUAUACUACACCAAACAUGUUGAGUAUUAA